AUGGAAUUGCAGGAUGAUAUACUUCUUGGGAAGGUUAUCCCCAGUUUGCCUUUGAAGUUUGUUGUUCAAUGUAAACUUCUAUCCAAGUAUCUUAAACGUAUGAUUUCUCAUCCUGAUUUUGCCCGAACUUUGUACCAAAGUCAUAAAGAAACUUCUACACAACUCAUCUAUUCAAUUAAUGGCAUUGCAAACAGAACAUUCUACAAAAUCUCCGUAAACCCAACAGUCACUCUCACUCGAUCCGUGUUGACUUUACCCUAUGAAGUUGAGAUUUUUGCUUCGUGUAAUGGUCUGAUUCUCUUUCGCUUUGAACAAUUUUCCCGUUACUGUGUUUUCAAUCCCGUAACUGAAGACCACCAAUUGAUACCAUAUCCAGAGUCUGCAACUAUGUUUGAAAGUAAAGGCUUAGCUGUUGAUUACCCGGUUUCAGAUCAAUACAAAGUGGUAACCAUCACCGCCCCUGCCAUCAGUAAGUUGGUUGAAAAUUCCAACUUGUUCUACAAAUUUCAUGUACUUUCAUCGGAGCAACCUGACUUGUGGCGUGAAAUCCAAUUGAGAACCAAUACUUUCAUAUCUUUAUCCUACGGUAGUCCAUUUGUUUAUUGGCGCAAUUCUCUGUAUUGGCUCAAACAUGAUGAUAGUGUUCUAGCAUUUGAUACAAAGAGAGAAGAGGCUAUACUCAUUGACCGUCCUGAGUUUAUUGAUGAUUUUGAUCAGAGCUACGGUAAAAUUUUGACUGGUCGGAUUAUAUGGCUAGGGAUGGCGCUAGGUUCACUUACCCUUGUAUGCAUUUUCAGAAAGUACAUAGUCAUAAGCACUUAUGACAGUUCAAGCAACCAUUGGAGGAGGGUUUCCCACACUUUGGACAACUUUGUUUCUCGUCCAAACGGCAUUAUUAUUGGCUUUCCAGUGUGGAUCGACAGAAAGCAAGUGUCUUUUAUGGUAGAACAUCCCCCGACAUAUCAUGAUCUAUACGAGUAUAAUACUCAGAUCAAUAGGUACAAAAAUAAUGCUGUAAUGUUGGGGACAGUUAAUUAUCCCAUGUAUUGCUUCCAUCCAACGUUAGCUAGUGUACAUAGGACUCCCCCCAAUAACAUAACCACUGCUCAUCAGGCAUAUAUAGCUGCAAAGUUGAAUGACAUCAGAAGAUUUAUUAUCGAAGGUAUUUCCCUCCGAGAAGAAACUUCAUCAGGAGAAUCAUCAUCAUCAUCAGAAGACAUAGCCAUUGAAUAUAGAUCCGCAACUUGCAGCAUAUACAUAUGUUCUAAAUUGGAUGCAUUUCCUCCUGUGAAGAAGUUGAAUAUAAAAGUGGAAAAAGACCAAAGAGCACCAAUUGAUACCGUACCCAAAGUUUCUACACCUUAUGUAGAAGAAAUAGGUGUAGCUGUUGAUUAUCCGAAUUCAGAUCAAUACAAGUUGGAACUAGUUCACAACCUGAACAGAGAUUAUGUGGUAUUUGAAUUAGAUAUGGCUAAGGCAUUCGACAGAGUUGCUUUGGACUUUCUAUGCUUAGAUAUGAGGCACUCUGAGCUCUCUGGAUUGAUAUGA